AUGUGUUGCUUUCUUUUUUUUUACAUCAUUUCUUCUUUCUUUUUUAUUAACUUUUUUUAUCCACUCUCCUCUAUAAACUUUUUCUUGUUUUUACUUUCCAUCUUUUAUAUUGUAGUUAAUCUAUACCUUUUCUUUCUUUCUUUCUUUCUUUCUUUCUUUCUUUCUUUCUUUUUCUUUUUCUUCUUUUUAUUUCGUUUUUUUCUUUCUUUUUUUUCUUUUUUUUUUUUUCUUUUUCUUCUAUUUCUCUUUCUUUCUUUCUUUCUUUCUUUCUUUCUUUCUUUCUUUCUUUCUUUUCUAGCUGCCUCUAUUAACUUUUUCUUGCCUAUUCUUUUCUUUUUUUCCGUUUAUAUUUCAUUUAUUCUAUGCCUGUACUUUCUUUUUUGCCUCUUCUAUGAACUUUCUUUCUUUCUUUUUACUUUCCUUGUUUGUUUGUUUGUUUCUUUCUUUCUUAUUAACGUUAUUUUUUAUCUUUACUCUGUUAACUUUUACUUGCCUGUUCUUUUCUUUCUUUUUUUAUAUUUAAUUUAUUCUAUCCCAGUUCUUUCUUUCUUUCUUUCUUUCUUUCUUUUCCAUUUGACUGAUACCCCCUCUUUAAUUAUUCAUUUAUUCCUUCUCUUUUCCUUGUUCCGCUUUCUUUAUUUCAGUUUAUUGUCUUUUUUUUCUGUUUAUCAUUCAUUUCAUUCAUUUUUUUCGUUCAGCUCUCCCUGUUUCUAA